AAACACCAACCCACUGGCUUGUUUACUUUGAAGCGAGGUAGUGAGCCUACGAGUAGAAUUCUAGUCAAAUCGUCGACCCAGCGAAGUUUCCUCCUUUCUCUCCGUCCUGUUCCCCUGUCUCCUGCCCUAUCCCCGCGCCGGCGAUAAGAAAAGCGAAGAAUUCUAGUAUAAGACAUGUUUUUAGGUUCACUAUUUAUCUGCAUUAAAGAAUAGAAGAUGAUGAUGAUGACGAUGACGAUGACGAUGAUGAACGGUAGAGGAGGGGUAGGACAAGGCGGGGGUGGAGCAGGCGUGGCCAAGGAACUGGAAGAAUAGAAGACGAUGACGAUGACGAUGACGAUGAUGAACGGUAGAGGAGGGGUAGGAGGAGGCGGGGGUGGAGCAGGCGUGGCCAAGGGGCUGGAAGAGGCUCUGUCGCUACCGAUCCUCCUGGUGGAGCGGGUGGCGAAGGCGGUGGACGAGGCGGAGUCGUUCAGGUCGGAGUGCACGGAGGUGGGCAGGCAGGCGGAGCAGCUGGCCACGAUGCUCCGCUCCACCGUGCGCCGCGCCGCCGCCUACGACCGCCCUGUCCGCCGCGUCCUCGCCGAGGCCUCCAAGUCCCUCGAGCGCGCCCUCGCCCUCGUCCGCUGCUGCAAGCGCUCCAGCGUCCUGCGCCGCGUCGUCACCAUCACCACUGGCUCCGCCGACUUCCGCAAGACCCUCGCCCUCCUCGACGCCUCCCUCGCCGACCUCCGCUGGCUCAUAUCUAUCUACUCCCCCGACGACGACUCCGGUGCCGUCAUCAGUCUGCCCCCAAUCGCCAGCACCGAUCCCAUCCUCUCCUGGGUCUGGAGCUAUCUCGCCACCAUCCAGUCCGCCGCCCGCCACACCGCCGACCGCGCCGAGGCCGCCCACGCCCUCACCAACCUCGCCCUCGACAACGACCGCAACAAGAAGAUCAUCCUCGAGGAGGGCGGCGCGCCCCUGCUCCUCUCCCUUCUCCGCGACGGGCCCUCCAUCGACGCCCAGAUCGCCGCCGCCGCCGCCCUCGCCAGCCUCGCCUCGGCCCCCGACCACGUUGCCGUCCUUCUCCGCGAGCUCGCCGUGCCCACUAUCGUCGGGGUCCUUUCCGACUCCCCCAUGCGCCUGCAGGCCCGCGUCGCGGCCAUCGUCUCCCGGAUGGCUGCCCACGAGCCCCUCGCCCGCGAGGAGUUCGCCCGGGAGAACGCCGUCCGCCCACUCGUCUCCCUCCUUUCCUUCGAAGUCCCGCUCGACGAACCCCGCUCCACCCCCAAGAAGCCUCCCACCAUCCACUCCCUGGUCCAAGGGAUAUCGGCAGCAGCGACGGCCAAUUCCAACCUCGUUGGCCGGGGGGUUUCCAAUUCCGCCCGGCCUGUGGACUAUUACCACCACCACCACCGCAAGGAGCGGGAGAACGAGAGGGCCGAGGUGAAGCUUGCCCUCAGGGUUGCCUGCGCCGAAGCCCUCUGGACACUCUCGAAAGGUUGCGUCUCCAACAGCCGCAAGAUCGCUGAGACCAAAGGCCUGCUCUGCCUCUCCAAGAUCAUCGAGCGUGAGAAGGGCGAGCUGCAGCACCACUGCCUCAUGACGCUGGUGGAGAUCACCGCCGCGGCGGAGUCUGACGCGGACCUCCGACGCGUGGCCUUUAAAUGGAGCUCCCCGGCAGCCAAGUCUGUGGUGGACCAGCUUCUGAAAAUAGCUCAGCUGGGUAGUAGCCCAGCCCUCCAAGUUGCAGCCAUUAAAUCUAUUGGAUGCUUGGCGCGGACGUUCCCAGCUAGGGAGACUAGAAUCUUGAGCCCGCUCGUGCUCCAGCUUGGGCACUGGAACCCGGACGUCGCCGCCGAAGCAGCCCGGGCAUUGGGGAAAUUUGCUAGUCCAGAGAAUUUCCUCUGUUUGGAGCACUCCAAAACAAUUGCAGAGUUUGCUGGGGUGCCACCACUGAUAAGGCUGCUGCGAUCAGGUGACAAGGCCCAGCUGCCUGGUGUGACUUUGCUCUGCUACCUAGCAUUGCAUGUGCCCAAGAGCGAAGGUCUGGAACGAGCAAAGGCCUUGAAUACUCUUCAUUCAGUGAUUCGUACUCCACUGGCGCAGGAUCCUUCUCUGACAGAAUUGCUCCCAAAGGCUAUCUACCAGCUUGAGCUUUAUCGGGUUGGAGCACAUGCUCAUAGGCAACUGUAUCAACUCUGAAUUUUUGCCACCAGUGAUUGGCAAUUCUUCUUGAUUACUACUAAUGAAUUCAAUUUGAUAGAGGCGACCAUGUGGAUUUGCUCAGACAAGAAAAUAUUGUUGUUUAUUGAGGAAUCAUUAUGCUAUUUAAUGAAACAAGGUUCUUCAAGAUAUUGAGACCUUCAAGGAUGUUAUAACUAGUUUGGGAGGUUAUAUUGCACUUAUAGGCCUACCAAUCAACAAUAGGUUUGGGGAAGACGGAUGGGGUAAUAUCUACUUCAUCGUUCACAUGCAGCCAUUUUUAUCAGAAGAAAUUUUGUGGAAUUACAUGCCACAGGCAUCUUGCAUCUCCUGUGUAUUCAGCAUUCAGAUUGCAUAGGAAAAGAAAGAUCUCUCCUUGGAAAUGAACUGAUUUGAUGUUGCAAAUACUAAAGUUUUUGCUCUUUGCUAAGGCCUUCUAUCUAACU